AUGCCUGCUAAUGAGGUGGAACGCAAUUGCGAUUCGUUAAACCACCUUGUUCAUUCUUUUCACCGUCAGGAUCAAAAUCCACAAUUCCCCUCUGUCAGCAGUCUCGAGGCUAUCAAUUCAGAUCAGGCCUUCGAGAGUAAUAACGACAUUUCCCAGUCCUCCUCAUCCCUGUCUUCUCAUCUCCCGCUCCUCCCGGCAACCACCUACAAACCCACCGGCUCCCCAGGCUCAUCUCGACAACUCUCUCUCACCACAAACUUCACAAACCAACACAUUAGUAGACGACAUUACCCUACGAGUGAUGAAACCUCUCCGGACCCUCGCGACUUCUAUCUACAAUACAAUGAUCCUUUCAGUGAUGAUGGUCCCGCAGCGGUUGUCAACAAUAUGACCUCAGCUUCUUACUUGAGAAAGUCGAAUGUUUUAUCUGGCUGCUAUCCUCCGAAUAACCCGUCACUGACAUCAAACAAUCCCCCUUUUUCCUCACGCUCUCAUCAAUACCACUCAUUCUCUUCUUUCAACCCCUCUCGGCCCAGCUCAAUCGACUCCUCCGUCGCAAGAAACCCACAACAAAGGCAAUCAUCGUUAAAGGAGCUAGUGGAUAGAUUUAACCAGAAAUUGGAUCCGCUUCCCACGAAACCCCCUCAUUCACGUUCAUCUUCGAGGGACGGCAGUCCCGUUUCCUGUGAUAGCGCAUACUCCCGCCUGAGUGGUACCCAACAGCAUACCCACAAGGGGGAUAAUGAACGGGAAGAUCAUCGAUCACCCCCGUUAUCUCGGCAUCCCGGGCGACAGAGCCAGCGUUCACUGUGGUUAAAUAACGACAGUGGGCGCCAUUCGUUCGGAUCGCCCCCUGCAAAACAGCCGUUGUUUGGUGAAAUCAUCCCUACUCGAUCACAGCUCAGAUUGUGUGGUCAAGAUACUUCAUCUCCCCGUUGGCGGAGAGGUUCGGAUUGUAGCAUUCACACCCCCAACCCGAUGGUUGUCAACUUACCUCUAGACCCUGACAACACACUCUCUCCAACAUCCCCUACCGCCUGGUAUCUUGGAUACUCCCCAUCCUUUGAAUAUUUUAAUCAUACUAAAGCUAUUACACACACCCCCGUUGCUCACCGGCGAUUCCGAAGCAAUUUAACGCCAAACCUUUCCAUCGCUUCCUCCUCCGCCUCCAAAUCUUUCGAUUCGUCAGACAUAAAGAUGGGGAUUCUCGUUAAUGAAGUCACCCUACAACCAACUCCUAAUACGAGGACUCGGAUCAUAUGCAAUUCUCAGUCACGUAUCCCGGUUUCAACCCGCCGCCUUAGCCAGACAUCUGAUUCUGGUGGCUCCGCACAUUCAACAAGAGCCAACUCAGCUAUGGAUCGAUAUAUUAUGCACGUAGGACUUCCACCCAAAGGUAGCAGUGCGCUUCCGAAACAUUCUUCAAAACACUCUCCUAAUGUUAAACUCCCUCCGACGACCCUUAAUAUAACGUCACCUUCACAACAUAGUUGGGGACACAUGCCGUCUCACCUAACUCCCGAAGAAAGCCCGACUCUAAAUACUUAUAUAUCCGUGCCGCCUCCGAAAAAGUCUCCCCAGUUAAGAAGUUCACGACCUCGUCAACCGGUGUCAUCAGCGACCACUUCCGCGUCACGCGCUAGAGUGGUAGAUAGAAUAUCAACCCUACAGAAUCAGUCUACCACUCCGCUUGUGGAUGCAAGACCUUCAAAGACAAAGUCAAGGCGGCUUCCGGAACUGGGGAAUGUCGACUUUGCUGCCCGCCGACGGAAGAUCCAACAGGCAUUCAAUAAAACUGUGGAGGAAAAUGCGAAACGGGAAGAACGCGCCAUUAAACGACGUCAGUUGGUUGAAGAAAGAGAAGCGGGUGGAGACGGAAGUAAAAACACGCAACCGUCAUCGCUGGACGAAUCGCAAGUGGAGUCACAACUCAACAAGAGAAACGAUCUCUCGCGUGUCUCAAUGGAAAGUUGCCCAGAGACUCCUGAUAUCUGCGAUGGACAUGAUGCAUUCGUUACACCCGAUGAACGACGCUCCCCGGAAGUGGUCAACAAUGUCACGGAACGUAAGGAAACAGGUCGUCAUGUUACAUCAUUCGGCCAAGAUAAUAACAACUGCUCAGUUAUGGAACCUGUCGAGCGGCCCAACGAGAACUUAGAUGUCCCUCGAACUCGAACGCCGUGUUCAGAUAUCGCCCCGGCUUCAGCGGUGACUGUGGAUACCGACAUUACAACCUUUGAUCCUGAACCGCAAACAGAUUAUCACCAACCAUCUUCUCAGAUCCACCGGACUGUGCUCAGUCAAAUCAUGCAAAUGCGAGAAUCCAGUCCAAGUAGCUCCGCUUAUUCGGAUUCUUUCUCUGAGAGGGACGAUAAGGAGUCGAUUCAAAUCAUGCUCGGGCGGAGCCGCUACCUCGACGAAUCACAGGACAAUAGCAGGGACAACCAAGAUCAAUGUGAGGCUGCGGACGACUUUAGGAGCAAUGGCGAUCGUCAUCGCUGGAGUACAAGCUCCUGGAGCUCGUCCUUUCAAGAUCGACAGUUCAUCGUUGCUCCUUUAGAGAAAAUAAUGAAGAAUCCAUCAGACCCCGAUGCCCAUAUGCCCAUAUCCACGGACGAGAGUAGUCGCACUCCUCAACCGCUCGUUUCACAACCACGCGCUGACUCUCCUACCACCGGAGAAAUUGAAUUUCAACACUGCGAUGGGGAUCUCCUGAAGCAAUCCACUCGUCCUGCACAUAAUGUCCGGUAUAGCACGCAGAUGAUGCAACAGUAUCCCGAUUUGGCUAAGCAUGGUGGAUGGAAUUCAAAACGCGUCACUCAACUUUUCUUACAAGAACUGGGGUUCGAGGGAUCCCACUUACUCAAAUCUGAUUUCGGAAUUGCGACACGUGUCCGAACGAGCCGUCCACCUUCCUCUCGGGGUGAUGAUAACCAGAAAACUGAGGUUCUGAGUGAGGAUAGCAUAAUCGACCCUGAGUCCGUAAAUGUUCCAAACCCAGAAUACGUGCAAUAUCGCGCCAGUUUGAAUUUCAGAGAAGACUGGGAGAAGGCUUCUCCGUCUGUCGCUGAAUGGAUGCACCUGGCUGCGUCGGAAGAGAGUACAGGAAAUUCUCCGAGCGCGAUCCGUGAUGGCACCGAAACCCCGCGGCUUCCCGUUGCAGUCCCCAAAUUUGCACCCACAGAGCCUGAUGAAGGAUUUGGUCUUUCGAUCAAUAUCCAAACUCCCCAAGAUGACGAUUCACCUACUGUUCGACCGCCUCCACUUCCCGACCACUCCCCCCCUCCCAUCCCCGGCUCUCGGAGUGUUGGCGCUAAACAACUUCAUGAACCAGGUGUACAUCCGCCUGUAACAUCACCUCCAAGUAUAUCUUCAAAUAAUCCUCCUUCACUAAUUCACCCUAGUGUCUCGGUUAUAUCUACAGAUCAGAAACUAAGCACGCGUUGCAGUGAAGAGUCUUCUCUUCACCAGUCUGGUUUAGCACCAUCUCCGCAAAACCUGGUAUUAUCAGCCACACCACAAGACUCCUCAGGUGUCGAUCGUCCUAGUGUGGAGACUUCCGUGCAGAAAUCCUUUCCAUCCCCCGAACAGCGCCGUCUUAAAAAGCGAAAACAUAUCAUAAAAGAAUUAGUUGACACGGAGCACACUUUUGGUCAGGACAUGACUGUCGUUGUGGAUAUCUACAAAGGAACCUCCAGCUCAUGUCUGGAUUUGUCUCAGGAUGAUAUCAAAACCCUGUUUGGGAACUCCGACCAGGUUGUCCAGUUUUCGAUGGAUUUUCAGGACUGUUUAAAACGCGCUGCUAAAAGCGUUUACGUACUACCCCAGUCCCAGCGAUAUAAAAGCAAGCGUGGCGGAAGUAGGUUGGUGCAGGCGAGUGGUUUCAUGACAUAUAACCAAGCCAAUCCAACCUCAGAAUUAUCAGAUGGUGAAAAGGAUAGCCAAACUUCGAUCGGUCAGGUGUUCAUGGAAAAUAUCGAGCGGAUGGAGAAAGUGUAUUCCGAAUACCUGCGGAAUCAUGAUGCCGCUAACAAAACUCUUGAGGUUCUCCUGCGAAAGAAGAAUGUCACUAUAUGGCUGAAGGAAUGCCGCGACUGGGCGGUGGAUUUGACAUCCGCAUGGAACCUUGAUUCUUUACUUGUGAAGCCGGUUCAGCGCAUUGUGAAAUAUCCUCUAUUACUAACGGAGCUUCUCGGCACGACCCCACCGGACCACCCGGACCAUGCUGCCUUGACGAAUGCGCUCCGUGAAACAACUAGCAUAUCCGUGAGGAUCAACGAUAUGAAGAAACGCGCCGAUGUAGUUGGGCAAAUUAUCAGUGGGCGUAAGCGCAAGGAAUCGGACGUGCGUGCAGGACUCUCCAAAGCAUUCGGCCGGCGCACAGAGAAAAUAAAGGCCCAUAUCGGUAUCACAGAUAUGUUUGCAGAUAAAGAAUUUUUGGUACUCUCCCAGCAAUUUGGGGACAAUUUUUUCCAGCUCCAAUUGAUCAUGCGAGAUGUAGAACUCUACACUACGGAGGUGCAGGCGUCAUUUAAAAGGUUCCAUGAAUAUGUUCUUGCAAUCGAGUCCUAUAUCAAUGUUUCCCCGUCAAAUUACCCCGAGUUGGAAAGUAAAUGGUGUCAGUUCAGGAUCGCUGUGAACGAUGUCCUUACUGUAGCUCUGGUUGAUCAUGUUUCCACUGUCAGGAAAAGCGUGAUUCUCCCUAUGAUCACGCUUCUAAAGCUUCAUGAUGGACCACAACGGGUGAUGCAAAAGCGUAAUAAACGGCUGAUGGAUUAUGUCCGUUACAAAACCCUCAAGGACCGCGGCGACAAGGCAGACAAAAAAACCAUUGAGCAAGGGGAGCAGUUCAUUGCUCUGAAUGUGACGUUGAAGGAGGAACUGACCAAACUUUUCGACUUGACCGGUAAAUUGACCGAAGCGUGCCUGAAUAACUUUGUGGAAAUCCAAAAGACUUGGCUCGGUUUGAUCGAGAAACGACUUGGGUAUAUCAUCGAGCGAAUCCCCCAAGACCUGGAGCAUAUCGGGGCCGAUUGGUCUGCAGAUUUCUCCUUCAGUGAUGCACAAGUCUUGUCGUUGGGUAUCUGCAAUGGCUCGAUACUUGCAGAGGUUGCAAAUUUUGCUGGAUUUAGCCCACCCUCAGCGUCAAACAGAGCGGAUGGAUCACCCUCUCGAAGACCCUCUACAGUAAACAGCGCGAACAUUCAUACUGCGUAUACCACUACUAAUUCCAAUUCCAAUCAAUCGACCUCCUUUGAGCAGAGUAAUUCACCCAAGAUGUCGUACGAGUCCAGCAUCGGCAGCCCUGGCAGUCUUAUACAGUCUUUUCAGGCCGACAGCUUUAACGAAACGCACAAUAAUGGAGCCCAAGCAUUCUCCGCCGGACGAGUACGCACCAACUCUGGAUUUUCCGUCCGCAUGACUGGUGUAUCUGACAUGCUAAACGGGCAACACGUUCCGUCGAUGACAGCACUAGUGAACAACACAACAAACGCAGGGACCACUUACGCAUCUCGACCUUCCAACAUCUCUCCAUCACUGCCACUGCUCUCUCUCGAUCCACCGAUGCUUCAAGAUUUCCUUGCGGAUCCGCUACUGGCAAUCAGCAAUAAUCGUGGCACUACGCCCAAACCAGCUCUACAUCCGUCAUCACCACCUACCACACGAUCCGAUGGUUUCUUCUCAUCAGCAAUGCCCAUGACCGAAUCUCCGCCGACAGCAACCCCCAUGGAUGAAUCGGAGCAGAAAAAGGAUCCGUCAGUUCUGUUUCUCGUGGCGAGUUUAUUCGAAUUUAACAUCGACCGUGCGCGACGGGAGGCCGGGUAUCCUUACCUGACAUAUGUUGCUGGCGAGAUAUUUGAUGUCAUUGGCGAGAAGGGCGAUCUGUGGCUGGCGCGAAAUCAAGAUGACCCCACGCGGCAGGUUGGAUGGAUUUGGACGAAGCAUUUUUCCAAACUUUCUGGAUAG